AUGGGGAUCCGAUCAUCAGAUGAGCCGCUCUCCUCGAUUCUCCCUAGCUGGGUAGUCGUAGACCGGGGUAUUCACCACAAGGCGCUCGCCUCCUUCCGCCACGACGACCCUACCACGGCUCAGGCCCGCGCCAGCAACGGCGAGGUCGUCCGCGUGUCCUUCACCCUGCGCCCACUGCCGGGCGCCUCCCGCCUCUGCGUCCACUGGCCGGAGGGCCGCAAGCCGUCCGGCUGGAACGCCGUCGUGGCGGCGCACGGCAACGCCGUACUUUUCCGUCUCGAGGUCGACUUCGAGGGACUCCCCUCAUCGUGCUCCGCGAUCGACCACUUCAUCUACUGGGCCAGCCCUUGCGGUCCCUGGAUCUCGCUGCUCCCACGCUGGUACUCGACCGAGGAGGAGAUAGAGGCAGCUCGGGUGGGCUCCUGGCGGAGAAACCCAUGGAUGACACUAGGCCGCAGAGGCACCGGCCUGCUGCUGGAUUGUGAUACAGGAGAUUUGGUGGUGGCGGAGCUCCAUCUCGAUCUGGACAGGCUCGAAGACGUGGAUGCACCUCUGGAAGCGCAGCUCUUGAGGCUCUGCUCGGACAGGGGAAAAAUUGCUGCAGGCCACAAUAGCCCGGACCUCCAGUACCUCUCCUUGCCGGUGGAUCACAUUCCCGUCGGCUAUCCUGACCAUUUCAGCAGAGGAUGGCCACAGGCGUCCCGGGCUGAUGAUAUGGGGUGGGUGACGGACACCACAAUUCAAGCUGCUCAACUCUGGGAUAUGGAGGGUUACGAUGAUCAACUUCCCUGCGUUGUGCCGCAGUUCCCGCUGGUGAGCAUGGAUGAUCCCAACACCAUCUAUUUUGUGCUCAGGGAGAGGCGCACGGUUUCUCAUGCAAAGGCAUGGUUCGUUGCCCUUGACAUAGAUAGCAGCAAGGUUUUAUGGUAUAAAGAUAUUGCAGCCACCCCUUCUGAAGAGGACGCUGAAACAGCCCCUUCCAACAUCUUCUGGAACUUGCCUUUCUUUCCUACUGAAUUCACAAAGCAUCUGCAGAAGGCUGCCCCUGUGCCCCCAGGAGUUGAUGAAGACAAAAAAGGUCAGCCUGAAUUUUGA